AUGACCGAGACACUCGACCUCGCCCGUACCAACAUCGCGAGCGGCGUCAAAACGGACGAUUUGAAGCCGAUCAAAGACCUGCUAAUUCGCCAGCAUAAAUUUAUACAAAACACGCUCGGCGCUCUGCAGAAGCUCUCGCUCCGUCGCUCGCCGCAGAAUGCUAUGAUCGCGGCGGACGUGAUCGAGUGGCUAGUGGGUGCGCUCGCCGACAUCGACCAGCUCUGCCUGUACUCAAUCGAGUACGGCGCGGCGUUGCUGAUGAACCUCUCCUUGCGCACGGCGGGCAAGGCCAAGUGCGCUGACCCGUCGCUCGACAUCUUGCCGGUGCUCUCGCAGCUGAUGGAGUCGGACUCGCUGCAGGUGCGCACGUACGUCAACGGCACGCUGUACUCUAUCCUUGUCCGUUCGUCGCUCAAGGAGCACGCGGCGGAGAUUGGCCUACCAGAUUCGCUACCCGCGCUGUUCCGCCUGCAGGUGGACUUGUUUGCCGAGUCGCCACUCGACCUCUCGGCUGCCGACGGGGCCGCCGGCGAGGAGCUGCUCUGCUCGCAUUACAUUGCCGGCUUCGCCGACGCGCAGCGCGAGGCGGCGAGGCUCGACGACAACGACCCGCACCAGGCCGAGGCGGCAAGGCGCGCUGCCGCUGCGCAGGCGGCAACCGCGCGGGGAAUGCCGGUGCGUCGGUACCACUCUUCGGACGAGCCGCUGCAGAGGCCCGCCACGCCUGGCUCGGUCAAGACACGCGCCGAGCUCCAGCCGCUCCAACCCGCGCUGACCAAGUCCGAGCGCGAUCGCGUCCGGGCGAAGGCACCGUCUGAAGCAGCACCGCUGUAA